AUGUUCUUCUCCAUCAUGUUCCCUUUCCUCAAGUGGUACUCUCGUCGCUUCACGUCCUUCAUCCCCGGGUUUUCCCGUGGGGCCCACAACCCCCUUUCUUCUUCAUCUUCAUUCCACCGUCUCCCAGAUGACGUAAUUGGCCGGAUAUUCGGCAACCUGUGCCUGGGUGACCGAACUCGCAUGAUGCUCGUCUGCCGCUCGUGGAGGGACACGCUCACACGUGCCGAAUUCCCUGUCCGACCCGAUCCCCCGUGGCUCAUCCUUCCCUCGGACGACCCCCUCUCCACCUCCCUAACCCUCGAGUCCCCAGCCGAGAGCCGGAUUUACCGGUUCCCUCUGCCCCGCCACCUCCUCCCCGGCCGCCACCGUUGGUCCUGCCGCGGCUCCGGCGACGGCUGGCUUCUCCUGGUGGGCCACGCCCCUUGCCAGCCGGACACGGAGAUAUCGAUGGUCCUGUGGGACCCACUGUCGGGCGCCACCCGGGACCUCCCCCCUUUAUCCACCCUCCCCUUCUUCGACGAGCUGGCGACCGGCUGCUUCGAGAACGCCGGGCUGGACAUCUCCUCCCCCCUCAUCACCACCCUAGCCCGAGUUUGUUCCACGGGCCCCACGGUACUCGUGGCGGUCGUCUUCUCCCUUUUCGAGAACCUCGGCCGCAGCACGUGGGACCGGCUGGCGGUGUGCUCCCCCGGCGACCCGACCUGGGCCGUGCUCCCCAACAACAACGAAACCAAUUGCUACUUGGAUAUCCUCUUCCACAACGGGAGGCUCUUCGCCAUCUGCACCCCGUGGGACGACGAGGUGGGGACCCGCCCGUUUGUGUCGAAAACGAGAACUUGCACGGUCGGAUGUGCUGACUUGGAGGUGGUGACGUGUGAGCUAGCGUACGAGGUCGCCAGCGUGGAACCACCCCACAUGGACUACACGGGAUUCGAGGUGUGGAGGAGGUGGAGCGUGGCCGAGCACUUGGUGGGGUCCGACGACGAGCUGCUACUCGCGAGCGCCACCCUCGACAUGUUCACCCACAACUUCGAUUUGGGUGCCCGUGGGCUCAUCCACUCACGGGUGUACAACUGUCCCCAGACGGGAGGAUUCGAGGUUCGUCGCCUAUUGAAUAAUAGUGACGAGUUAUUAUUAUUAUUAUCGGAAAGAUUGGAGCAAACUGGAGACAAGUGUAUAUAUUUGGGAGACACGGGCUCGAUUUCAAUGAAAGGGGUCUCCGACGAACCUAACUGCAUUCAGUACGCGACAUCCGAUGCUAUCGGGACGUUUUGGAACCUUGGUGAGGAGGAAGAAGUUGAUAUCGACAAGCAGGUUUGGACUAUUCACGAAAGAGGCGUUUUCAACGCGGCGGAGGAGAGGAUACGAAGAACUUGCUCUGCAAACACGAGUGCUCGAUCAGGCUCCUGUAGCGGCUGGUUCAUGCCUGCAGCUUUUGGUCGUCAACCAUUGGUGAGUAAUCGUGGCUUAUCUGCCUUCUCUUGUUUCAGGCUAGCUUGUGUAGACCAGAUAACUAACUUACUUUUUAUGUGGCAAUCUCUAUCUUGGGAGCGCAAGAGUAUAUAUCUACUUAGCCUGCUAAAUUUAUAUGUGCUUUACAUGAUACGGUGGGAUGUGUUCAGACGUGAGAUCAUGAGGCUAUUUUCGAUCUAG